UCGGCGCGCGCGUAGUCCGGUCGCGUUACCAUGGUGACGCAGGGCCUAGCGGGAGCUUUUAGGCCUCGCGGUGAUGUUUGUGUGGUGAAAAACAGCGCCCGGGACGAGGGAAGAGGGAUAACGGUUUGCUUUUCUUAGAAGCUCGCCGCCAUGGACCUGGGCCUGAGCCGGGUGGAUUAUCUGCAGGUAGAUGGGGGUGGGUGGGCAGGUGGGCGAGAUUGCGGGUCAGUCAGCGAACCCCCCUGCUUCGUCUCGCGCGAGAACGAGACCGGCGUUCUUCGCCACCCCCCGACGCCGUUGCGGACACGUGUUCCUUUCACAGGCGGAAAUUCAACCGGUGAUGCUGCCGCCCCUCCUCGUACUAAGAUAGAGAUGCGGAGAGCUUCUCUGCGGCAAAGGCAGAGGAGCCGGCCUAUCAGAAGGCAGGGGAGAGGAGGCAGGGCCGAGAGCGCCGCCGGCUCGCCUGUGGCCCUCCGGGUGCCUCUUCUGCAGCCAGCAGGCCCAGGGGUCAGGCUAGAUGGCAGUUGGAGAAGGGCCAGCAUGGUCCGUAUCUCCAGGUAGGGCUUGGGAAAUACUGGGACCUUGGAGUGCCACUGCCAGUCAGGGUCAACAGUAUGAAGCUAGAUGAUGGACUAAUGGUUUGACUCGUGUUCCUUUAUCACGCAUAGGCAAACUCGGCCCUCCAGAUGUUUUGGGACUACAACACCCAUCAUCCCUAGCUAACAGGACCAAUGGUCAGUGAUGAUGGGAAUUGUAGUCUGAAAACAUCUGGAGGGCCGAGUUUGCCUAUGCCUGUCCUAUAUAGUCCAACAACAUCUGGAGUGCCACACCUCUGAUUUAAGAGCAAAUAGCCAUCCGGAUUAUGUAGGAGUUGUAUGGGUUUGUUGGUUUUUAUUUUUUAUUUUAAACCCCACCACCAUAGUGCUGUAAUUGAGGAUCCUUCCAUAGACAGCUCUCAACAUGGUGCGCUGAGAAAAGUGAUGUCACAGAAGAGGUUAAUUUGAGAUUAAAGUGUGCAAGCUUUUAAGUGUCACACAGGUUUGUUUGUUUUUUGUCAGAAAGAGAGUGUGGGUCAGGCAUUUGUUAGCUUUCUUCACAAUCCCUUUAUUGAAAUAAAUGGAUAUUCAGCUGUGGUUUUGUUGCGUUUUGUUUGACAAAAAUUGUGUUUUAUCUUAUUAUUAAAACAGAGCUGUCAUGGAAUAAUAAUAGAAUGUAGAAAACAGUUUUUGUCUGUAGACAAAAAGUCCUGUUAAAUAUUUAAAAAACUAAAUUGUAUUUUGAUUGGUGGAGUGAUUCCAAACAGAUGCAUCAGUAUAUCAUCUGUAGAACUGGGAUGGAGUAACACAUCACCAAUGUAAAAUAAUCAGAUUUAUUCUGCCAUUCCCAAACCUGUUCACAACAGUCAUAAAAAACAACAGGAGGAGAAGAAGAGUUUGGAUUUGAUAUCCCGCCUUUCACUCCCCUUCAGGAGUCUCAAAGCGGCUAACAUUCUCCUUUCCCUUCCUCCCCCACAACAAACACUCUGUGAGGUGAGUGGGGCUGAGAGACUUCAAAGAAGUGUGACUGGCCCAGGGUCACCCAGCAGCUGCAUGUGGAGGAGCGGAGACACAAACCCGGUUCCCCAGAUUACGAGACUACCGCUUAACCACUACACCACACUGGCUCUCCACAGGUGGUAAAAGGUGUAUUAAUUCACUUCCUGUCCCUGAUUCGUGGUUAAUCCUUACAAGGCAGUUGACCUUACAUGACUUCUCUGAAGACAUUGCAUUUGUCUGGAAGUGGAUACUCAAUUGUGACCAAACUAAGCCCCCUAGAGCAAAAUAUACAUCAGAAGGCUUAGUUUGGUCAGAAUUGAGUUAACGCAAAAUACAUUUACAUGAUGUUAAAUGAGCCACCAUAUCUGCUAGAGGGCAGAAAAAUGGUGUCCUGAGCUUUUUAGACUCAGCUACUCAUGUACUAUCUGAAACCAAAGGGGUGCAUUGGUUGCCAGAUGUGAUUUUUUUUUUCAGUUUUCCUGCCCCACAAUUAGAGCUUCUUUUUCAUGCAUAACUAUAUAGAGCUAAAAUGAUAUAUGAUAGACACAGCUAUUGUACACAAGGGCAAUAAUUAGUAAUAACACAACCACCGUUUUUCACUGUAUUCACAUGUAUUUUAGCUUCACAUAGAAUUGUCACAGUCAGUAUUUCUUGCACUUCAUUAUUCUUGGGCACUAUUGACAGGUUUUUCUAUAUCUGUGUAUGUGUUUGUGUGGCAAGUGAAGACAGUCCAUGAAAGCUUGUGCUACAAUAUUGGCACAGUCCUAUCUAUGCUUUCUUGAAUUUAAAUUCCACUGUGUUUGGUGCAGCCUACUCCCUAGUAAGUGUUUUUAUGAUAAUCUAUAACAAUUUAUGACAACCAUAAUUAUCACAGGAUCCUUUUUUGUAUUGAUUUUGCUGUUAGAAACACUACACUUAUGACAAAAUCUUAAUAUACCUUUUUAUAUUAAUCAUGUUAAAAUAACUACUUUGUAUUGUUUGUAUUGUGGUACAUGACAAUCCAUUUUAUACCGCAAGAGUUGAAGCAUUAAUAAUGAAAUGGUUUUCUCCCCCAAUUAGGUGGGAGUGACAUCUCAGAAGACCAUGAAGUUGCUCCCUGCAUCAGGACGCAAGGCCACACAGAAGGUAUAGAAAUUUGUUGCUUUGAAAUAUUUCUGUCUGGGAAUGAUUGCGUACACAAUUUGUACUCUGAUGACAAAAACAUAUAAAAUAUCAUUUUAUCUAAGUCACAGAGCCAUUCUCCUCAAAAGCUUGUAAUGUAAGUGUUGAUGGUGGAGCAGACAACAUAAGAAUGCAACAUUAAAAAGAUAGGAAAGAAUGAAUGCAAAAAGCUUUUUAUACUUUUUGAGUUGGGAAUGAAGACAUUAAAGGCAAGUAAUUUGUGUGAGAACCCAGAAAUCACUGUAGGAAUUUGAGGGUGGGUAUUGCGUGUUCUGAAUGACAGAAGAAGUAUAAAAUCUGGCAGCGUAUCUUUGGCUAGAGGUGCAUAGAUUGAGUUGUUAUGUGGGAAGGCUGUAGAGUAGACGGUUGUGUUGUCAAAGUAGGUCAUAGCUUGAAAAUGAACCAGAGUGGUAAUAGAGAGAAUUGCCCCAAAAGAAAAGGAAAUUUGUGGUAUUGGGAAAGCAACAUAAUUUGGUAACAGAUUGAAUAUAGGAAAUAAAUGAGAGGCAGAAUUCAAAGGUGAAGCCAAAGCUUUGUGUUUGAACAACAAGCAGGAUGGUGAUAUUGAUGGAUGUGAGGAGUAACUGAAAGGAGGGCAACUUGGAGAAGAAAAGGAUUUAUCUUAGGCAUACUGAGUUUUAGACAGUAGGGAAACAUCCAAGUUGAAAUACAGUGGUACCUCAGGUUACAUACGCUUCAGGUUACAUACGCUUCAGGUUACAGACUCCACUAACCCAGAAAUAGUGCUUCAGGUUAAGAACUUUGCUUCAGGAUGAGAACAGAAAUUGUGCUCCGGCAGUGUGGUGGCAGCAGGAGGCCCCAUUAGCUAAAGUGGUGCUUCAGGUUAAGAACAGUUUCAGGUUAAGAACGGACCUCCGGAACGAAUUAAGUACUUAACCUGAGGUACCACUGUAUCAGAUACACAUUUGGAGUUGAGUUAGGAAAAGUAUGGAUUACAGAGAUAUAGUUCUAUAUUUCUAUAGAUUUCUGAAAUACAUAUAAAUGUAUUUCCUUUGCACUCUUAGAUGACUAAUGUAGACAUAACUUUAUAUUAUUAUACUUUUAAGGUUGUUAUUGGAGAUCAAGAUGGUGUUGUUACCUGUUUCGGUAUGAAAAAAGGAGAAGCUGUGGUAGGUAAUGUAGUCUCUAUGUAGUUUUCAAUUAAUUUACCCCCCAAUUAAUUAAUUAACAAUGAAGCUUAAUUUACAGAUAACAUAUGGACUUCUUAAAGCUCUUUACGGUAUGCACUGGCUUGGGAAAAACAUGCCCCCCAAAUAUGUUUGUGCUUUAUUCUAGACAUUUUCAAAAUAAAAUGAUACAACCACCCUAGGCAUGCUGCAGGUGUGCUUCACUGUAGUAAUUUGAUUAAAUUCUCUUGAAGAAGCUUUUCUCCACAGAAUCCUCAAACAUCUUUUUGAAUAGCAGUUAUGUUGAUUAUAACAUAGAGCUUGUUACUGGAAAACAAGGACCUACCAUCAUAAUCUAUGGCUGUGCUAUGUUGAUUUCUCUCUAUAUUUUCCCUCUUCCAUUAACCUAAGACAUUGAGGUCAGACUUUGGGUCACUUCACAAAGCAAGGUUUGAUCUAUGUGAUGCUAGUGUAGGGCAUUCUUAGCUCUGACCUUGGUCUUAGAGUACUUGUGAUGAAACCCUGUGGUGUCUGUUGAGGAAAACAUGCAAACUGUUCUUAUUUGGCCGACCUUUCGGUAUGAGCUCUUGUUUGGGUUUAUUUGUGACCAUUUAUUAGCAGGAUUUUGGAACAUUUUGCAAUUGUGUGUAUGAACUUUGUGCUUUUCAUGGUAGAAUCACACAAAUAGCUAACUUUUUAAAAUAUAUAGAGAGCAUAAAAUAAUUAAAAGCAUACAAAAUGGAAUACAUGUAUAUUUUGUAUCUAAUAUCAUAUUAUGAUUUGUCGUGAACAUUGGCACUGAACAUUGUCUGUCUUCUUUUUUUAGCCAGUAUUCAAGACCUUGCCAGGGGAAAAGAUUGCAAGGCUAGAACUGGGAGGUGCUCUUAAUACACCCCAGGAGAAAAUUUUUGUGGCUGCAGGGUCUGAGGUUAGAGGUUUCACAAAGAAAGGGAAGCAGUUCCUUGCAUUUAACACCAACCUCACUGAGAACAUCAAAGCUAUGUAGGUAUACUGGAAAAUACAUUAGUAGCCUUAGAUGUGUUACUGUCAUUUAGGUGCUAAAUUGUUAUCCUAAUGAAUGAAAUAAGUAUAUGUUACAUUUUAGUGUCCUGUUUAACAAUCACUUUAUGUAUUCUAAUACUCCUUAUUUGCCUUGAAUCUUAGCAUAAAUUUUAUUUGUGUAUGGUUCUAUAUAAAGGUCUAGUUUCCAUCCUGCACUUUUGCAACAGUAAUUUUGCCCUCAGCGGUGUGCGUACACAAGCACUGACUUUAAUGAAAGUCAUUAAAAUAAAAAACACAGAAAUUAGCUGAGUCAUUAAAAGCUAAUCAGUUUAAUUGAAAGAUAAGGUUGAAACAGUGCAACACUUUAGCUGAUUCACAAUUAAAUUAAAUCACAAAUUAAAUCAUCUUACUGCGUUUUCCAGAGUAAUAUCUGAACCUGUUGUGCAUAUUACUUUAAUCUGCUGUAAUUGAUGAAAACCAUAAGCUGGUUUGACAUAAUAAAGUAUUGAUAAUUUAAUUAAAUGCUGAUGUGCUGUACAAUCUGUUGCUUUAUUUUUAACCAAAUUUUGGUGCAUAUGAUUGAAAUUUAAGUGAUACAGUUUGUUAUAUAGUUGGAGUCAAAUAAUAGUUUUUAAGCAAGUUGAAAGAAUGAAAGCAGCAUUGUUACCCUUGUUUGUUCAUAGAAUCAUAGAAUUGUAGAGUUUGAAGGGGCCACAAGAGCCAUCUAGUCCAACCCCUUGCAAUGCAGGAAUAUUUUGCGCAAUGUGGGACUCGAACCCACAACCUUGAGAUUAAGUGUCUCGUGCUCUUCCAACUGAGCUAUCCCAUUUGGGGAAAGCUGCAGAUCACUGGUAGAGUGCAUACCUUUCAUGCAAAAGGUCCAAAGGUCAAUCCCUGACAUCUCCAGGUAGGGCUGGGAGAGACCCCUGCCCCUAACUCAGGAGAGCUGCUGCUAGUCAGUGUCAAUAGAUGGACUAUUAAUCUUUCUGUUUCCGAGUUAUGGUCUGAAGGCACAUGAAGCAACCAACUUGCUAUAGUUAAGUUGUUCUGGAGUUGGUCAGUACCUGAAUGGGACACCUCCUAGAAGCCACAUGUAUGGCACCUUGAAUUCCACCUUGAGUUCCAUAAUGGAAGAAAGGCGGAAUACAAAGAGACGCAGAGCUCAGUAGGUUAGAACUUGGUGCUGAUAAUGCCAAGGUUGCAGAUUCGAUCCCCAUAUGGGACAUCUGCAUAUUCCUGCAUUGCAGGGGGUUUAACUAGAUGAUCCUCAGGGUCCCUUCCAACUCUACACUUCUAUGAGGAAAUGUAAGAAGAUAAAACAUUUAAAAACAUGUUGUCUGGCCAAACAUAUCAGUUCAGUCAAACAAGAUCUGCAAGUUUAUGGAUCGCUACAGAACUUGUUUACCAACAGUUGAAUUGGUGUACGCAUCAUGGACAAUGAUACUUCUUUAAUGCAUCUUUCAGUUCCUGGAAAACUAUUAUCUGUCUCUAAAAAUAGGUUGGAAUCAUGGUAUUCUACAAUAAACUAAUUGAAUAAACAUGCUUCUUACUUGUACCAGUUUACAUUCAGAGCUAAACUAGAAAUAUUUAGAAGCUUUAUUAAUUCUUACAUCCUUCCUCUGAAUAGUUGAAAGCAGUAUUUUAUCCCCCAAAUGAUCAUGGGAAUAGGCUGGGAGAAAAUGACUUGCCAAAGGUAACACAAUGAGCUUCAUAAGUGACCAGAUGUUUGAUUCUGGGUUUUCCAAAUCCAAAUUUGAUGCUCCUGUCUGGUUACUGUUUUGUACUGAUAUAGUGGCAAACAUGAUUUGAUUCUAUUUUCUUUUCUAUGUCAGCCUUUUAUAGACUUCAGACUCUCUCUAGCUGUCAUUAACCUUGCCUUAAUACUGUGCAUAAUCAGUGGAAUACUAUUUUUUCUUUUCUUAAUCCGCCUUUUGUAAUAUCUCAGCUGAAUUACUGCUGCUUAUCAAAGCUACUUAGAAUUUAGACAAUAGCUCUCAAAGAGACGGAAUAUCCCUAAGAAUUUUAAAAUAAAAUUUUGCCAAGAAGGUUCUAUAUAUAGUGCAGUGAUUUCAAAAGCAGUAAGACUCUUUUGUAAGCAUGCUCCUGUAAUUGCAAUCAAACAUAUGUAUGCUCUGUAUAGAUGUGCUAAUGAUAUAAUUUAUAAAACAAUAUUGCAUUGAUUGAAUACCUAAACAUAAUGCCUGAAAGAUAAUUACCACUUAGAAUGUGGUAGCAAUAAAAUAAGAAUAUGAUCAAAACCAGUGCUUCUCCAGCAGGAGAUCCAACAUUACACGGAAACAAGUAAAAAUUAUUGUGAUAUCAAGCAAAUAAGAGUCAUUUUAUUCUUCUAGUUUCCUUUUAAAUUGCAGACCAAAUUUGUUCUUCUGAAUUAGUCACCUAGGAGGCUAAGCUAUGUGUCAUUUGUAAACCAUGUAUAAUGGUAGCUCAAAUAGGGGGAAAAUAUUUCUGUUGGGGGUGAUUGGAAAAUGAGAACAUUUAACCCUUUUGCCAUUUCCACAUUUCUAAUCUCCUUCAGCAGCUCCCCCCCCCCCUUCCAGACACAUAUUAAAGACCUGGGGGUGGGGUGUUUUGCCUUGAAGAUGCUAAGUGGGAAAAGAUGGCGUCUUUGCUCCUGAUCCCAAUGGAAGUGGCUUUACUUAUUCUAAAAUGGCCAACAGACUACUGUUUAAAAACAUUUGUUUAAUUUGAUCCUAAGUACCUGUACAGUCUUAGCAAAAUAUAAUAGCUUGUGCAUAGGAAUGGUAGUUGAAAUAUUUUAACUUUUGGUGGCAACGAUUGGAAUAUAGUAUUGAUUAUUGCUAUUAUCAUUUUAGGCAUAUAUCCGGAUCAGAUCUCUUUCUUGGUGCAAGCUAUGUCUAUAACCAUUACUGUGACUGUAAGGAUCAGCAUUACUACCUAUCAGGAGACAAAAUCAAUGAUGUUCUCUGCCUUCCGGUAGAGAAGCUGUCUUGCAUUACACCAGUAUUGGCAUGUCAAGAUAGAGUCAUUAGAGUUUUGCAGGUAUACCUUUUUUAAUUGUUGCCAUUAUCAACAGCAGUUGUUAAAUAGCCAGUAGAUACGUUGUCAACACCUGUUUGAGAAAACAGAAGUGUAUUAUUAUUUUAAUUGUACUUUGGGAUAUUUAUUCCAAAGGCUUUUCCCAUUUAAAAAUCCUAUUGGUGCAGUUCAUCUGAUAAACUCCAAGUUGCAUAGUUGAGCCUCAAAACUGUCACUUAUGGGGCUGCCUGGAAGUCCUUCUUUCCUUUCAUGACUGAAUUGGGCCAGUUAAAUUCUUCUUCCUAUAUUCUUCCUAUAUUCCUAUAUGCCUUUUAGGAGUUCUAUGAUCCCUGGAAUUACAUCCUUCCAACAGCUUUCCCCCUUGUCCUUAGCAGAAGCCUAGUUUUCUGAAGCUCUGGACUCCUGCAUUAUUCUUGAUGCUUUGUUUGGAAUCUUAAUAAGUGACUUUAUAUAAUAUCUGACUGUUUGUCCAGUAUUUUCUGUUUCUGUUCCAUAUUAAUACACUUUCAUGCCCUUGGUUUUUAAAAUAUUUUUAAAAAUAAUUUUUAUUAAAGAUUUCUCAGUUUACAAAAGUACUGCAUUGUCUCUUUUUUCAGGUAGUGUUUUCUACAGAUCAGUUUCAUUUGUUGUGAGACGUUAGUGUUGCAUGCAGUAUAAGGUUGGGAAGGAAAGAGGGUCGGGUAGGGAUGGUGCAUGGGGUGGUAAAACUUCUAUUCUUCCACUUAGUAUAUGUGUGGGGUUUUGUUUCGGCGUCACUUGAGUAGAUUAUCCUUGCACACAACCUUCUCUUAACAACAUCUUUUUUUCAGUGGUGUUAAUAGGCUUGGCAAUGAGAUCAUAGCUUUGGUUUAGAUAGAAUAGGUUACGCUCUCGGUUUUAUCCUAGCCUAAAGGCAGAAAAAUAAUGCUGCUUGUUUAAAAGCUUUCCUUUUACACCACCUGUCAGGGAAGACAUCACCUUCCCAUCCCUCUAAAUUAAAAUGAAAGAAAAAGUCAAGGAUUGAAACUAACAGUGUUUCUACUUCAUUUUCUUGAGGGGUCAGAUUUGCUGUAUGAAAUGGAAGUUCCAGGUCCACCCACAGUUCUGACUUUGAACAAUGGAAAUGGUGGUAAGCAGAAUUUCUUGGUGCAUUUUAUUUCAAUAAAAAGCAUGGCAUGGGUUUUAAUUAAGAAUCUGUAAUAUUGCCUAGGACUUGAUACCCAGUCCUAGUAUUACUAUUAGGAGACUGUUGGGCAGUAGGGUAGGCAGUACACCAACAGAAUCACCAUUAUAUCCCAAGCAUCAUCAACAAGCACUCAAAACUGGAAGAUUGCCAAAGGGCUAUUCAUAGUGAUGGAGCUGGAACAUACCUAAGCAACUCUUCCUUCCUGCCCUCGAACUCAGUUUGAGCUAGUGUGAUAUAGAGAAUCUUAGUGGACUGAAUCUAAUGUUAAAUGGAAGCCUAUUAAAAACUAAUCCUACUUUUAAUUUAUUUUCUUAGGUGACUCUGGUGAAGAAGUUCUGUUUGGGACAUCUGAUGGUAAAAUUGGCCUAGUAGAGAUCUCUGGUGUUUCUCCAGUAGAAAAGUGGAAAAUUGAAAAUGAGAAAAAAAGAGGUGGUAGGUGUCUUCAGAGUUUCCCGCUAGAUCAUAGUUAUUCACAUCAGGCACAGUGAGAAAUAGCUCCCUUUAGUUCUGUGGUUUGCAUAUUGCAUUUGUAGAAAAUAACUUAUAAGAAAUAUCACAUCCAUUGUCAACUCUCAAAAACAAUUACGGUUACCAUCAAUUCAAACAUGGACUUCAAUGUUUAUGUUUUCUACCUGGACUGUGUAUGUUGUCCCCUCCAUUUUACUCAUUCAUAUCAGGGUGUGCCAAAAACAAUCCCAACAUCUGUCCUUCUCUUUUCCUGCAUGUCAUUCAUAGCAUAUAUUAUUUUGGCCAUGUUUUUAUUGGGGAAUAUGGACAUGGCUGUGCCAGUGUAGCUGGCAUCUGGUUCAGAGAGAAAGGAUAUUAUGCCCGCCUGAAGGGAGAAAAGAUGCUCUCCCCACUUCAUCACUUGCUGAGUGGGGACUUUGUGCGAGUGUGUAUGUGAGAGAGUAUGUACCAAUGCUAAUGUGUUUGGAAAAUAAGGUUUUCAAACUGCAAAAAGUACAUGGUUACAAACAAUGAGAUCUGCCAGGCCUGUUGACCUUGUCCACUUGCACCUGGUUCAAAUGGAAAAGUUUACAGCCAGCUUCCCCGCUUAUUUCUUGAUUAGAAUUUGGUGAGAAAAUUAAAAAUACAAAUGAAGCAAGUCUGAUUACAGUUCUUAAAAUGCAAUCAGUCUUGUUCUUGAUUGUGGGCUCCCACCAGAGAAGUAAACAAGAAAGGACAAGAAUGCAGAAGGACACUUAAAAGCAGAAACAGUACUCAGGCGACCUAGGGGAUGGUAAAGCUGCUACAGAUUAACACAACUGCAUGCAAAUGUGAUUCUGAUUAUUAAAUUGAUGCUCUAGAUUUGUGUAACUUCAGCAUGGAAACAAUGGUCAACAAACACUGCACUGACAUGAAAGAUAUUCUUCUGCGAGUAUUUCUUAAUUGUGUAAUUACAUGGAUUAGUAGUGGGAGGAUGAGAAGGAGCUGGUGUGUGCUUUCUUGAUCAUCCCACUGGUCAGUUUUGGACUGUUGGGAAAUGGUUCUUCAGCCCUCUUCUGAAACUUUGGUUUGAACUCUAGAUAGGACUUAUUUUGGAGGACUGCAUGUUUAUUUUUCCAAACUUCAAUUCCGUGCUUUGCAGACAUUAAACAUUCUAAUAUGACAUCAGAUUUCAAACUAAUAAUAAUAGUGUGUGACCAGUUUUACCAUUUUUGUGGCAGACAUAUCCUGCUAUAUGCGCAAGUAUACAAAUGGCAGGUGUGGUAUAUCCAUGAAGAGAAUAACCAACCAACAAUGCCUUAUGUUAGUAUUCAGUUUGGGGUUGUUUCUAUAAAUUCUGUACUUUAUUAUUACUGGAGUGAAAUACCCAUCUAUCAGACAAUAAUCCCACCUAACAUGUAAUAGUUUCUCAUAGAUAAAUUUUAACAUUCUGCUUUUAAGAACCUAGUAAUAAUGCAGUAAUUCCAGUUGAUUUCAUCCUGUAUUGGGUGAUAGUUCUUAACAGAGUUCUGUUUAUUUAGAUAAAGGGGAAGGACAAUAGCUCGGUGGUACAGCAUCUGCUUGGUUUGAAAAAGGUUUUUAGUUCAUUCCCUGCCAUCUCCUGGUAGGCCUGGGAAUGCCUCCUGUCUGAAACCCUGAAGAGCUGCUACCAGUCUGUACUGAGUUAGAUGGAUAAAUGACCAGACUCUGUAUAAUUAAGAAAGUUUCCUAGGUUCCUAAAUUGCAUGUGAGAUUUACAAGAUGAUAUGAUUAGUCAGUUGGAUGUAGAUACAUGCUUCCUGUUCUGUUUUUCAGGCAUCUUAUGUAUGGAUAGCUUUGAUAUUUUGGGAGAUGGAGUUAAAGAAUUGAUCAUCGGUCGUGAUGAUGGAAUGUUAGAAAUCUAUAACUUUGAAUAUGCAAAAAGCCCUAUCCUUAGAUAUGAAUAUGUAAGUUUAUUAAUGACUACUUUAUGUAGAAGGAAAUUUUCUUAGUAUACUUUCUUUUAUACAAAAUUCUGUCAAAUAUUGCUUUCACAUAUAUUGAGCCAUAUGUGUUACUAGCAAGUAUGGUAAAGACUGAAUGCCAAAGUUAGAAUAGGGGACCUGUGGCCCUUCAGAUUAUUUUGGACUACAACUACUAUAAUUUCUAUCUGUUGGCCAUGCUGGCUUGGACUGAUGGGAACUGGAGUCCAAGAACAUCUGAAGAGCAAUAGAUUUUCCAGCCCUGGAAUAGAGAGGCUGGGACAAAAUUGCACAUGUCUAUGUCCAGGAUCCCACAGGUACAGGGUGAUGCCCAAUGUAAUAUUUCAGAAACUAAUAGAAAUAUAUAAAUAUCAGAGAUUCAGGCUGUGAUGCAGCACUGCAGCAGAGCUGAAGCUUGCAUAUCUAGAGAGAGAUCCUCAAACCCUCCUCUUAUUCCCCCUCCACUCUUUUAUGCAGAGUCAUAAAAUUAUUCCCAGGAAAGGAAAAGAGCCACAAGUGGUGCUGAGAAUUAUGUAAAGUCCCAUUGUGAUGCUUCCUAUUAUGCUAACAGAAGAGCUGGGAAGUAUUUUUCUUUUAUUUAGUACACUUAAAUUUCACUUUUCUACCAGCAUGGAACUUAAAGCUGGACACCUGGGUUUCCAGCUCUUCUGCCCAUGCACUGACCAGGCACAGACUUACAUAUCUUCAGCAAGGUAGCUGUAUAGUGUGCCCUAAGAACCUAUCCCUGGACAGUUAAAAUAAUAAGUUUCUAGGAAGUGCACCAGGCAUUUAUAUCUCACAAGAAUGCAAUCAGAAGCAGGUGGGGCAGAUCUCUGCAUGUAACAGUCAUGUUAGGCUAUUCUUAUUGUCCAUUGAGAGAAUUUGGAGUCCCAGAAAAGAUACAUGGUCUUAUACAUGGGGGCGUCUUAUAGAUGGAAAAACACAGUAUAUUUUUUUCUCAACGGAUACCAUUUUUAAAGAUUAAAUAGAAUCUAACACACGUAUUAUGCUUCAAGUCUUCUUCUGUCUUAUUUUUAGGCCUUGUCAGAAAGUGUCACAUCUGUUCAAGGUGGCUGUGUUGGGAAAGAGGGCUAUGAUGAGAUCAUAACAUCAACAUAUUCAGGUUAUUUUUUUAAAUGUUUCUAAAUAUCUGGAAUUUUUAUACAUUUAACAGGAAUUUUUUUAAAAAAUAACAAUGGAGUCAUAGAAUGUGUUCUCUGGCUCAUAUUCCCUGAAGUCAGUAGCUUAACUUGGGAAUCUGGGCCCUGGAUGUACAGCAAUCAGAUAGUAUAGUGCUCUGCUGACCAGGGCUGGGGCCAUUGAAGGGGCUUCAUCUGCAUACCAGUUGCUGGUGUUGUAUGUCCUUUUCAACUUGAUGGAGGUUUUUAUCCCUGCAUAUGAACAGUCCAUAGAAUUAUAGAGUUGCAGAACUGGAAGGGACUACGAGGGUCAUCUAGUCCAACCCCCUGCAAUGCAGGAAUCUUUUCCCCAACAUGGGGCUCGAACCCACAACCCUGAGAUUAAGAGCCUUGUACUCUACCAACUGAGCUAUUCCAGGUUUCUAUGAUAGUUCACUGUGCUGGUUCUUAGUUUCAGACCCUAAGGAUCCUGGUUAGAGCCUCUGACAGUGUUACCUUCAUAACCCAUCUGGAAAACUUUUUCAUAAUUGUUCAUAUCUUCCUUUUAGGGUGGGUGUCAGGACUGACUACAGAGCCUACCCACAGAGAAUGUGGAUCAGGGGAUGGCUUAAAGAUGACUCAUGAAAUGCAGAACAAGGUUUUGUCCUUAAGGUAAUAAAUUGUUUUAAGACAAUGCAAAAGAGAAAAUACUAUAGCAAUCUUUGCCUUAUGCUGGUGCAGAUCCGGAGCAGAUAUUUAACCUUACCUGCUGGGUUAUAACUAUACAUCAGUUAACUUACAACAUUUCCAGUAGGAUCUUUGUGAUAGUACAGCAAUUCAUUAAUAGUAUCAUAGUUUCAGCUAUGUGCAUUUCAUUACAUUGUUUGGUUUCCUGUAAGCAUCCCUGUAAUUUUCACCCUUCUAGUGCAAAAUUGCUACUACAGUGGUGCCUCGCAAGACGAAAUUAAUCCGUUCCGCGAGUGUCUAGCGGUUUUUUCGUCUUGCGAAGCAACCCUAUUAGCGGCUUAGCGGAUUAGCGCUAUUAGCGGUUUAGCGGCUAUUAAAGGCUUAGCGGCUUAGCGGCUUAGAAAAAGGGGGGGGAAAGCGGAAAAAAAUCUCAAGACUCGCAAGACAGUUUCGUCUUGUGAAGCAAGCCCAUAGGGAAAUUCGUCCUGCGAAGCAACUCAAAAACGGAAAACCCUUUCGUCUAGCGGGUUUUCCGUCUUGCGAGGCAUUCGUCUUGCGGGGCACCACUGUAUGUGGAUGUACUGAAAGAGAUGCUUUCUGCCUUUUUCAGGCUUAAAAUAGAUAGUAUAUAAGUUGCAGUGCCAGUUUGGUAAGUUAGUGGAGACCUGUGAACUGACAUUCUACUGGGACUGGGCUUCUUGAUCCCUUUGUGACAUUUCAUAGGAAGAGACCCUGUUUUUUAAAUAAAGCAAAAAAUCAAAAAAUUGUUACCUCAGAUAAAUUUUAGUAAGCUGUAGAACUGAACAGAUGUUACCAAAACAUAUUUGUUCUGUCCACUGACUUGAACAAUUUUUGAAAGAUGGUGUCAAAGUAAGGAAGUAAAGGAAAACAAGCAUUAGGAAAAAAAUAUAGAAAAUGAAGUUCUGUUGCUUUAACCCUAUUAUGCACUUUUCAUCCGAAUAUUUUUUUUAGGACCAGAACUUUGAUAAUACAUUUAUAUCCAGUAUUUGUGGAAUUAUUUCUGAAAACAUUUUUUUCAGUCUAGAUGGAAAAUAUCAAGAUAAAAACUGUUUUCCAGGCAUCAGUUUGUUAUCUAGAGCAGCUUUUUUAGCCUACCAUUCUGUUGUUUGCCAUAGGAAUGAAUUGGAACAGCUACAGAUCAAGGUACUUCAUGAACGUGAAAAAUACCAGCAGUCCUCUCAGUCCAGCACUGCUGUGUCAGCAGUCCCAACCUUCAGCAUAAAUGAUAAGUUUACAUUAAAUAGAGAUGAUGCAAGCUACAGCCUUGUUUUAGAAGUCCAGGCAGCAAUUGAUACUGUCUUGCUUCAGGUGAGACAUUCUUUAGAAUAACUUUGUAGACUUGGGUAUUUGGAAACUUUGAUUUUAUUUUUAAAAUUAAAGAUGUGUUAGCUUGUUUUUAUAUUAAAUUAGAUAAUUUCACUAAGUGGAAUACCAUUUAAUAGUAUGCACUAACUUUUCUCUGAAACUUGCACUUGUGCAGAAUGACUGUAACUGGGUGAGAUGGGCUCAUUCCCUUCAGGCUAUGUAGAAGUCAACACAAGCACUAACUUUUCAAAGACACAUGCUGAAGUUAUUGGUGCAAUGUGCAGAAAGUUGAGUACACCAUAAGGAUGUUUAAAAUAUUUUUCAGUGAGAUCUGGAUGCACUUAACUUUCUUCGGAUUGUGCUCUUUGGCUACAAUCAUGCACCACUAAUACAUGCUUUUAUCCCACCCAUUUACUUCCAAGGGAACAAUACGAUUAGGAUUUCAAACUAUAUCUGCACUAAGCAUUUGCUAGUAAUCUGUGUGGUUUGGACUUGUUUUGAUGACAGUCAAUUCCUUUUUUGAAACUGGCUCCUUUUUGUGCUUUUACAUCAUAUACACCUUUUCCUUACUACUGUGUGCAUCAUUUUUGAGUUCUGAAGUGUUCCAUGGGAUGGAUGGUUACCUAAUACUUAUUUUUACCAUAAUAAUAUUUUUCCUGUAAAAUUUCUCAGGGAAGAUAACUUAUGUAAAUUGAGAAAGUAUACUUGAAACAUCCACAUGUUGACCUUUUGUAUUACCUGCUACUGUUUCUCUCCAUAGUGUGAUGUUCCAAUAGAUCUAAAGGAUGUGGAUAAAAAUUCAGCUGUGGUUAGUGUUGUUGACUGCGAAUCAGAGGUAUGUAAAAUGCCAGAUCUUUUCUACAUAGUUCCAAACGCUUAAGCUGAAUAUCAGCUUUUAAUUUCAUGGAGUGUGUUCUAGUGAAGUUUAAUUGUUGAAGCUGACAGAGAGGACAUUUCUGAAGAGUGGGAUAAAAAUCCCUUACUUGAGGUCUUUAAGCAGAGGCUUGACAACCAUAUGUCAGGAGUGCUCUGAUGGUGUUUCCUGCUUGGCAGGGGGUUGGACUCGAUGGCCCUUGUGGUCUCUUCCAACUCUAUGAUUCUAUGAUUCUACUAAAUAAUAAACAUGCCUAGGAUUUAAGCAAUCCUAUGUAUGCUCACUUGUAAGUAAGGCCAGUUGUGUCAAAUGGUGCUUGGUUCCAUGUAAAUUUGCAUAAGAUUGCAACCUAAUUUAUUAUAUCAGACCUUUAUGAUUUUAACAUUUUUGUAACUUUUUCACUCAAUGAGCAUCCAGCUAUAGGUUUUCUGCUUUGGUGCUGAAUUCAUAUUGCAGAGAGUUAAGAUGAUGAUGGUAAUUGUUGUUGCUACUUUGUUUGUUUGUUUGUUUGUUUGUUUGUUUGUUCUUCCUUUCUCACGUAGAGCGCAGGGUGCCUAGGUUUUUUUUUUAAAAAAACAAUUUUUAGAACAACUUUCCUAGUUUUCUUUUAAAAUUUGUAAGUAAGGCUGCAAGCCUUUACUUAAUGGGAAUAAAUCCAUUGAACUCAGUGGGAUUUAUUUUUGAGUAACGAUACAUAUGCCUAUAUUGUAAGCAUACAGAAAACGUUCUACUGAUUCUUGUAGAAAAUGACUUAAACUGCUUUAGUUGUAAAUAAAAUUUAAAAAUGAGACUUUAUUGCUGUGUCUCAGUAUGUUAUUUCACAAUCUUCAUGUUCCACAGCCAAAUGGCAACUUCCUCCUUGCCACAUAUCGCUGUCAAGUAAAUACCACAAGGUUGGAGCUUAAGGUAAAAUAUAGGAAUGCUUAUAUAUUUUAAAUAUAAAUUAUGAUUAAACAUGUUCGUUGAGUGUGUGAACUUUAAAACCUAUCCAAAGAGCAGCAGUGGUGGUAAAGAUCCUGGGUAGGAACAUCUGUGAAAACAGAGAUUAAUGAUUUUUCUAUUUAAAAGAAGACAGAAACAAGUAUUGAUUGUUUUGAUUCAUGAAUUACUGUAUAUUUCUAUUUUCAAUUAAAGACUGUUGUGGUGUGGAGAGAAAUUGUUUACCAUGAUGUCUUGUUAUAAGCUACUAAACAAUGAGGUAUAAAAUGGAAGUCUUUGAAUGCAAUCCUGUACCCUUGUACCUAGAUGAAGCCCAGAGGACUGAGUAGAUAUGCAUUGGAUUGCACUAUAGGAUAGUUUGUGAUAAAUUUGUAUUUUUAGAAAUAAGGUUUAGCCCAUUGGAUAGGUUUAUUGAGUGUAUGAAUUGCUUCACACAACAAAAAGUCCCCUACCAAUUUGUAAUAAGAAUAAAAUAAUUUGAACAUGUAUUAAAAAUAGAUUAUUGCAAGUUUAAUCCCCUUUCAGUACAGUGAGAGAUACCAAGAUGACCUCUGAAAGUACUCCCAUUUUAUAAUGGUGUGGGUGAAUUGUCACAAAGUUCCCUAGUUCUUUAUAAGAUAUAUUAGCCAAGUGUGCUGAUGUAGCAUCAUUCUUUAUGGCUGUUUGCCAGACACCAAGGUUAAUAAAUUUCUCAGGAAGGUAUGGGUAAUACAGUGGUGUUAGAAUGAAAAGUGCUUAGAAUAAGUUUUCAGUAUUCACAUUUCAGAUGAAAAUGGAGUUGAGAACACAGUGAUUUCAAGAUAAAUUUUAACAAAAUCAAUAGAAUGGUUUAGUUUUACAUCUUCAUUUAGGGAGAUUGCAGAUGUGAUUAUGGUGACACUAAAGUAUAAAUUCUAAAGCCUCUUUUAGUACAGUUUACAUGAAUGACAAUGCAGGCUGCAGCUCCACUUCUAAGCUGUUGUGAUUCACUCAACCCUCCUCUGGUUGAAGAGAGGGAGUGAAGUUUGAGGCUUGCUUACUGCUUUUUUUUUUCCAGAGGAAAGAUGAAUAGCACUCAGAUCUACCAGUGAGAUAACAGAAACACAUGAAGCACACUUUAAAAUGCUCACACCAUAGGAGUCGUAAGCCUUCUACAUGGCAUUUUUCCAGUGUUAGUCUGAGAUAAAGUUAGAUGUGACGGUUGUUAAGGCUGCCGGCUACCUAGAAGAAACUCACUGAAUUUAUUGGGACUGCUUUUGGAUUUAAUUUUAGUAUUUUACAAAUGGUUAAAUAGAUGUUUUGAAAAUGUCUUUGUGUUUUGCUGGAUAAAGGUGGUACCCAUCUGCUAGAACAGGUAAUUAUGAAGUCAUCUAAAAUGAAAGUUAGUUCACCUUUCCUUCCCCCCUUCCAUGGACAGAUUCUAUCAAUUGAAGGUCGGUACGGGACUCUGCAAGCAUAUGUAACUCCAAGAGUUCAACCAAAAACCUGUCAAGUUCGGCAGUAUCAGAUUAAGCCACUUUCACUUCAUCAGAGGACGCAUUGUAUUGAUCGUGACAGGUAUUUUUGAGAACAACUGGCUUGUUUAAAUUUGAAUAGAGGAUUUGAUUGCAUUUCCAGGCGGUGCUUAGUUGAACCCAGAAGCACGCCUGCAGCAUCUACAAUGAAAAUACAGGGGCUGGAUUUAGAGGAGUUUUCUCAAACUAAGGAGUUUCUUCCAUCGGAGUAAGGUGGUUGAUUUGAUGGAUCUCCUAGAUCCUGUUCAUGGGAAUUUGUGUAGAUGUUGAGUGUUAUCUUUGUAGGGAGAACAUCGUCCUGCUAAAACUUAGCAAAAUGCAAAAAGUAUAAAGAUUAACAUUCCAAGUUAGUUCUUGAAGGUUAUGGCUCUCACAGAUCAAGCCAAAGAAACCUCACAUUGUUUUGCUGUACCAUUAGAAAGUAGCCUUUGUUUCUGAUGGUAGAUACUCUUUUGUAACAAAAUGCUUUUUUUAUAUAUUUUUUUAUUCAGACCCAUGAAUACACUAACCCUCAAAGGCCAGUUCAGCUUUGCUGAAGUUCACUCCUGGGUGGUGUUUUGCUUGCCUGAAGUUCCCGACAAGACACCAGUGGGGGAGAGUGUCAGCUUCUACUUUCAGAACACCUUUUUGGAUACACAACUUGAAUGUACUUACCGGUAAAAUGAAACACAGUUCCUGAAACAUGCUGGUUUCGUUUGAAAGGCAAUAUAUAAAAUGCCGAAAAGUAGAUCCAAGUAAAGCAUGCUUGUUCAGGACAUUGCAUUCAAAAACGUCCAGCUUUUUCUUUUCACUUACGUUAUCUCUGACAUUUCCUUUUUUAUGUACAACUUAGCCCUAAAUAUCUUUAGGCUGCAAUUGUAAUCUCACUUACCUGGUAAUAAGCCCCUUUGAAUUCUAUAGAACUUUUGAGUAUAUAACAUCUAGAGGGCCACAGGUUCCUUACCUUUGUGAGUGAGAGUUGUCUUAGGUUUCUAGGAUAAGACUGAGAAACUACCAGAGAUACAUUCAACAGCUUACUAUUUAAACUAUUUAGAAUUAGUAUAAUUCUGUUCAGACCUCCAAAUAUAAGUCAGGGUAUUUAUAGUGGAACUGUAUGAGGAACUGUAUGAGGAGAAACUAGAAAGAUGGGAUUGUGUAUUUUUAAUAUCUCUGGAUGAGUUUGAACCUUGUAGGAAGUAAAGGCUGGCACAGUUUUUACCAGUUGUUAAUUUCUAACAUCUUCUGUAUAGGAAAGGCGAGGGCUACUUCAAAUCUGACAAUAUAUCCACAAUAUCCAUUUUAAAGGAUGUGCUCUCUAAAGAAGCCACUAAAAGGAAAAUUAAUCUCAAUAUAUCAUGUGGUAAGAAUUCUUAAUUCUCUUCUUCUUGGGAUACUUAGAAAUGCAUAAAAGUUAACAAACUAAUGAGUUGCUUUCUUGUGGUGAUCUUCUAGAUAUAAAUGAAGUAUCUGUGAACCACACCUUAAAGCUAAUCCACCCAAAAUUAGAAUACCAGCUAAUGUUGGCUAAAAAGGUUGAACUGUUGGAUGCUUUAAAAGUAAGUCUUUUGUCAGUUGCAAAAUUACAAGUACUAUGGAGUGUAGUGGUUUUUCAUGUUUGUUUGCUUUUGAACUCUAUUAAGGAGGGUUUUAAGGAACCCAAGAUUAAUAAUCACACUUAGAUCAGCUGAACUUCCAACCAGUAGCACUUUGGUCCUAUCGGGACAUGAAAUCUAUUUGCUCACUCUCAUGCAGACCAAAUCUACUUCUAGAUCUGGGAUGGGGAACCUUUCGGAUUCUCAACUCCCAUCAACCCCAGCCAGAAUGGUCAGUGCUCGGAGAUUAUGGGAGUUACCCAUCCCCAUAAGAAGAGGCCAAAUGGGACAUUUUUUCCUGCACACAAGUACUAUAAACCAUAUACCGUAUUUUUUGCUCUAUAAGACGCACCAGACCACAAGACGCACCUAGUUUUUGGAGGAGGAAAACAAGAAAAAAAAUAUUCUGAAUCUCAGAAGCCAGAACAGCAAGCGGGAUUGCUGUGCAAUGAAAGCAGCAAUUCCUCUUGCUGUUCUGGCUUCUGGGAUAGCUGCGCAGCCUGCAUUCGCUCCAUAAGACGCACACACAUUUCCCCUUACUUUUUAGGAGGGAAAAAGUGAGUCUUAUAGAGCAAAAAAUACGGUAAGUAAUAGCAUGCAGAUAUAAAUUAUAUUGAACUGUACAGAAAGGAAUUGGAAUAUGCUUUUGUGGAAAGUUGAUUUUUAUUUAAUUGUUGUAGAAAAGGACAGUAAUAGAAGGAAAUCCUCUUUGUGGCUAAAGAUGGAGGCUCUUAGCAAAGGAUUAUGAACAUCACCUGGGCUAAAAGCUGGCAAAAAUCUAGCCUAUCUCUUUUCUAUGUCAUUGUGUAGCCAUGCAUCUUUAAGCUUUUCUGUCAGGUUUAGAGGGUUUGUAACUGUCUUAACAUUUUAUUAACAUCAAUUUAAGGAAUUGCAGGCUCAUGAAGGAAAUACAGACUUCCUGAUUCCAGAGUACCGCAGCAUUUUGGAGGAGGCAGAGGAGCUGCUAAAAGAACACAAAAAACAACCUACAUCUCUUGAAAGACUUUAUGGUUGGUUCAUUAACACAGUUUUCCUAAUUUUCUGUAGUAUUGUUUUUCCAUUCUUGUUAAAUCUUAUCUUGUGAAAAGAGAGGUCUGUUUCUAGGGUGGUAGUUCUGUACAACAUAAGAGACUUCCCAUGCAAAAGCUCUGAUGUGCACAUGAUCUUAGUACAAUCACCUUUACCUUUCAUUUCUAAGGAGGAAUCAGACCACCAAUAAUGCAUAUAUUUCAUAUACAGAUCUUAUCCUGAAUGAAAAUGAUUGCAAAAGCCCAGAUAGCAAAUUGUACACAGACUCUGAAUGACUGUGUCAAUGAAUUUAUGUGCGUAAUUUUAAUUCUAUAGUAUUAUUGUGCCUCUGUAGUGCCAAAGGAGAAACACAUAUUUAUGUGUGUUUCCUUUAAAUACAUGUUUCUCCUUUGGCAAUACAGAGGCACAGUUAUAGAUUAUAGAGAUGGAUUUUACGAAAAAUAAAUGCAGUAAGGACUGCUGAUGCACAGAGAUGUACCAAUAAAUCUAUGGAAAUAUUGGCUACAGAACACCUUGUAUUGAAGUAAACUAAAGUUUAUUUCAUUUGUUCUAUAUUACUCUUGAUUUCACUCAGAUUUCUGACACCCAGCUCCAUUUCACUAGAUAUUUUACCACAUGCUGCAUGUGUUGCAAACCAUUCUAAAAUAAAUACUUAUUAUUAACACGGACUCUAAAUAUCCAAAGUCUUCUAUCAUAAAUAUUACUUUUCUCGAUUUAAAAGGAAACACCAAUUUGUCAAAAUAAUAAGUGUUUGCAUUUUUUCUUCCAGGUAUGAUUACAGAUCUGUUCAUAGAUAAAUUUAAAUUCAAAGGCACUAAUGUGAAAACCAAAGUUCCCCUUCUCCUGGAAAUUUUGGGAAGUUAUGAUCAAAAAGCAUUGAUUGCCUUUUUUGAUAGCGCUGCUUAAAUGGGAAGAAUUGGACCAGCAAUCUGAAGAUAAAGUAGUGGACAUAGACCAGGCAUAUUGGAUCUUCAUUUACAUCCAUUUUUAAAUAUAUGUUACUAUACUUUAUUUUAUUGCUUUAUAUCAGUGUCUUGUACCUGUUAUUUUAAAAAAUGACUGAUGUCAAGAACAUACGUUAUAUGAAAUCAUACCCCCCUUUUUUUCUUGAACAGUGGUUGGUAUAGUUAGCUAAUUUACAGUGAGAUCAGGUAUAUACAGUCCAAAUUAGUUUUAUAGAAAACAUUCCCAGAUUCUUAGCUUUUAAAUAAUAUACAAUUGGAUUCUAAUUUAUUUUAGCUAUGAAAUGAGCAAACUUUGAAACUUGAAAAUUUUGAAUAUAGCCAUGUGAAAUUGUGUACAGUAUUUUCUGUAAAUAGUUGAGCGAUCCCAUGAUCCUGCUGUCCUGGCAGGUCAUAUAUACCACUGCAACAUCUGUGUACCUGGUAGCUUAUACUUGUCCAGUACAGGAGGGAGCAGGAAAAUACGCAAAGUAGAGGUAUGCCUUCAGCAUCCAUGGAAGUGUGGCUACAAGGUCUGUGUCUGAACCCACAUGCAUAUCCAGCUCUCACAUGUAUUCCACACUACAAGAAGUUCAGCGUAUUUUUUGGAGAUACAACAUGUGCCCAUUAUGAGUAUGUGUUUACCCUUAUCUUUAUGCCCCAAGAAAUUAGCAUCCAAGAGGAAUUUAAAAAAAAUAUUGCUUACUAGAAAUGAAAGUGAUAGGGUAUAUAGAAGCUGCUUAAGGCAGUAAAAAUACAAUAUAAGCAGGCAGCAUACAUACACACCUUGAUCUAAAGAGUAAAAGAAUCCCUAACUACUCCAAAAGCCUAAAGGGAGUGUGACAAUUUUGCAACAGACCCACACUAAAAGUGAGAAGGAAAGGAGAAAGGCAUACCUGUCCUCAAGCAAAGUAUAGUGUCAGGCUGGUCCUUGAGAGCGUAGAGUGAAAAGAGCAUCUGUUAGAGCUUGUGAGAGUUAACUAGCCAUUGAAAAUCUGGAAAGUACUCUUUUUAAACCAUAUAUUCACAUGGAGAGGGGAAGUGGUCUUUUGGAUGAGUGAUUUGUCAUAAUACCUUUAUUCCUUUGUUGCAUUGUUUAUUUCCUGCACAUUUUUGUCUCUCUCCCCCCACCCCCAUUUUGUUUACUUUUCUCAGUUGUUAGUUGAAAUGACAUGAUCAUAGUGUGAAAUGACUAACUGGCUAUCUUUGAUUCCUGAAUUCUCCCCUCCUCACCCCAUCCUACAUACAAUACACAAAUUGCUGGGCACUGUGUAUGUGUACUGUACUGUACAUGUUGUACGUUAUAUGCAAUUAUGUAUAUAAGAAGGAAAUUGCUAAAUUAUUUUAAAUAAAACUAUAUCAAUGGCUC